AGAUAUAAUUUUAUGAAGAUAAGUUUCACUAUUUUGAUUGGGUUUUGAAUCAGAAGCGAAAAUCAAUUUAUUUCUUUAAAUUCUCUGUGAAAAUUAACUAAUUUGCCAAGUCAGCCGUUAGUCACACAAUUUCGAAGAUGACGUCAUCAACUUGGUUCAGAAACACCUACUUUUACACGAAAGGAAACCGGGAGUAUACGAAAAAUGGUUUUGAAGCUGCCAAGGCCCGUUUUGUGCCAGGGGAUUUGGACGUGGACCUGACUGGGCGCCAUAUCAUGAUAACAGGAGCCAACAAAGGCUUGGGCUUAUGCACCGCACACGAGCUGGCCAAGAGGGGCGCUGUGCUGCAUCUUGUGUGCCGCAACAUGGACGACGCGCGGCAAGCGCGUACCACCGUCGUCUCGGAGACCGGCAACGACGUGAGUCAUCUUAAUCAUUUGACGGAAGACAGUCGCGUUGUGACGGUCUCGUCGGGCGGCAUGCUGUUGGUGCGUCUGGACCCCGACGACCUGAGCUUCGAGAAGCUGGUCCCUUUCAACGGCCGCCUCGCCUACUCACAGACCAAGCGCCAGCAGGUGGUUCUCACACUGAACUACGCGCAAAUGUUCGACAAAGUCCACUUCUCCUCCAUGCAUCCCGGCUGGGUUGACACUCACGCUGUGAGGACUUCAAUCCCUGACUUCUAUGAAGCGAAUAAAGAAAAGUUACGCUCAGUCGACCAGGGCGCUGACACCAUCGUCUGGCUUGCUGCGUCCAAGAAGGCGUCUGAGCAUCCCAGCGGUCUCUUCUUCCAAGAUCGCGAACCAGUUCCAACUCACUUUCCGUUGGCAUGGACCCGCUCCUCCCUAAGUGACGAGAAGCGCUUCAUUGAAAAGCUUCACGAGAUCGCUACUCGUCUUCUCCAGCCUCGAGUUCCUGAAGCGGUUACGCCUCCCAGCGACUCCCAGGCUGAACAAAAGUCGGACGUUGAGUCCUCUUCGAUGCUAAAAGCUGACGCAGAAAUCCAAGCUGUCAAAGCAUCUUCUUCAGUUCCUGAAAGCGGCCUUCAGAGAGAACCUAAUUCAAUCACGGACGGUGUGGGCCUCCAGCAUGCUAGCGAUGUGCAGCCGCCAAAUCCACUUACUUCCCAGACCGAGUCUCAGAAUAACGUCAAUGUCUCUAAAGAUGAAGAUGCUCCUUACCCUCUGGCGUCCAAUGAAUCUGUCGAGACCGACGAAAAGAUUGACGUGGCCUUAAAAAGUCCGGCCGCUGAACCGGCUGUGGCAUCGCUCACGUCUUCGUUAGAGUCUGCCAAGAUACAAGAGCAGGCAAAGGAGUCGACAGUGUCAAAGGAGUGACCGGUUCGCUUCGGAAGUUUAUUUUUUGGUAGAAUUUUUGUAUGCUAAGUCUAGUUUAUUUGUACCAAUAAAAUUUUGCGUGAAUUAGAUAUGCAUAGAGGCGGUAUUUUCAAUGAAUGGUCAAUGAUUCUAUUUCUGUCUAUUGAUAUUCAUUAGCAGUAAAAUGCUAACGCCCAACCGAAAAUAGUUGUGCCCAGUUACGCGGGUUUUACAUGAUGUUCUUGAGUAAAAUUUAAAGUUGAUAUUGAAUUUCUAAUUUUUUUUUAUAAA